AUGGAUCCCAUUAAGUACAUCUUUGAAAAGCCUGUCCUCACAAGGAAGAUCUCCCGUUGGCAGAUGUUGCUAUUUGAGUUCGAUAUUGUGUUUGUAGUGCGAAAGGCCAUCAAGGGCCAAGCCAUAGUCGAUUACCUAGCAGAUCAACCAUUGAAUGAUCCAGAUUUCUCAAAAUCCCUCUUCCUAGAUGAGGAUGUCUUGGUGAUAGAGCUAGAACCCAAUAAUGUAGAACCAUGGCGUUGGAAGCUUUAUUUCUAUAGAGCCACCAAUAGCACUGGAAAUGGAGUGGGAGCAGUUUUAGUAUCCCCGAAAGGCCAACAAAUCCCUAUUUCAAUCAAGCUGAAUUUCGAUUGUACAAACAAUGUUACAGAGUAUGAGGCAUGCAUUGUGGGCUUACAAGUCACACUAGAGUUUGGCACAUAUGAUCUAAGCUUCUUUGGAAAUUCCCUGUUGAUCAUCUCCCAAAUAUAG